GCACUUAUCAGAGGACGUGUGUGUAGUCGUCUGUGUAGUCGUGUGUGUUUUUUUUUUUUUUUUUUUUUUUUUUUUUGCAAUUACACAACUGUCUGUCGUGGUGGACCUUGGCACCAGAUCAACUAAAGACGAGCCGAGUCUACGAACAGCCGCCGUCUCCAGACCACGGAAGCGCAGAUUUGUACUCAUUGCAUGCAGAUCAAAAUACAUCAAAAGCAGUUUUUAAAUGGAUUUUUUAGAGAUAAUCCAGUCUCACCUGCUACUGUCCUCCCUUACCUUCCUGACCAUCACCUUCUUAGUCUUGCGCUUCAUCCGCGACUCCUUUAAAGUGGAUCAGCUCACCCAGAGACAUGUGCUGAUCACGGGCUGCGACAGUGGCUUUGGGAACCUCCUGGCCCGGCAGCUGGACGCUAAGGGCAUCCCUGUGAUCGCCGCCUGUUUCACGGAGAAGGGUGCGGUGGAUUUGUCAGCCGUCACCUCCUCCAGACUCAAGACGGUGCCGCUGAACGUUGCAGACAGCGCGAGCAUCAAGAAGGCUGUGGAGUUUGUGAGUUCAGAGGUCGGAUCUAGAGGUCUGUGGGGUCUGGUCAAUAAUGCCGGUAUUUCCAUCCCCGCUGGUCCAACCGAGUGGAUGAAGCUCGAGGAUUUCACCAAGAUUCUGGAUGUGAAUCUUUUGGGUGUUAUUGAUGUAACUCUUCACUUUCUGCCCCUCCUGAAAAAGGCCAAGGGCAGAGUGGUCAACGUGGCCAGCAUUUUUGGCCGACUGUCUCUCAUAGGAGGAGGGUACUGUCUGUCCAAGUACGGUGUGGAGGCUUUUUCUGACAGUCUCAGGUUAGAUAUGCAUCACUUCGGCAUAAAAGUGAGCAUUAUUGAGCCAGGAUUUUUCAAAACCGCUGUGACCAGUUCCGAAGCUAUUAAGAGUGAUGUCCAAAGACUGUGGAAUCGCCUGCCACAAGAAGUCAAGGACAGCUAUGGGGAAGAUUACAUGCAAAGAUAUUCAAAAUCCCAGGACUUCACUUUGGACCUCCUUUGUAGUUCAGACCUCUCUAAAGUGACUAACUGUAUGGAGCACGCCCUGACUGCGUACUACCCUAGGACCAGAUAUGGGGCAGGCUGGGAUGCAAAGUUCGUCUGGAUUCCUCUGUCCUACCUCCCAUCUUUUAUGGCAGAUUUUGUGGUUAAAGUACUUGUUCCUGCGCCCAAAGGUUUAUGAAAAAGUGACAGUGGAAGCAAACAAGGCAGGAAAGUGUUUAAGUUCCUGAAUAAAAUAAAUAUUCUACUUGUA